AUGCCGCGCGAGCCGGGGAACAAAGCCUCGCGGCCGCGCAACCCAACUCGCGUACCAUGGCCGAUGCGUCCGUCCGAGCCGGGAAAGAACAUCCCACGUCCGUCCGAGAAACCUUCGGCCAAAUCAUCCGGCCACGACCGUUCCGACUCGGCCCACGACCCGACUAAAAGGAGUUACAACCAAAAGAGUGAAGACUGUCCAGACGGCUCUAUCGAGAAUCAGCGCCCAACCGCGCAGUCCGGCUGGCCGAGGAACGAACGUUCCACGCUCGGCCAAAUAUCGUCCGUCCGUCUGAAGUCUCGGCCAAAGUCCAAAACCGUCGGCCGAUCGCAAUCACGACCCGGGAAACUAUUGCCCGCGGUCGGCCACGCCACAACGCUACGCCACGCCGCGCACGACCAGCGCGCGAGCCGGGAACAAGCCUCGCGGCCGCGCAACUGUCUCGCGUACCACGCACGACGCUCCGUCCGAGCCGGGGAACUAGCCCGCGUCCGGCCGAGAGAUUUCAUCGGCCAAAUCUUCAUCCGUCCGACCACAGCGGCCGACCACGCAUCCGUCCGGCCACGACCGUUCCGAUCUCGGCGCCAUGACCCGAUCUCCGGCCGAUCGUCCCGACCGACCGUCCCAACGCCGCGGUCGACCCAAGCCCGUUUUGAAGCCCGAUUUCAUAUUUUCAAGCCCGGCUUAACCCUAAGCCGCCUCAAAAGACCUAGCACUAUAUAUAUAGCUUUUUAG